AAUAGGCGGCGCUAAUGCUCUCCCGUUAUUGUAAGGAACAUUUAAAACCAACGAAGAAGAAGCGUUAGCUGCAUAUUUCCUGUUGCUUCUCUGAUGUCCUGACUUACGUUUCAGCUACUGGUUGUUAAGGGAAGGAAAGAUGUCAGGUGCUGGGGGAGGAAAGCGUCCCCCAGGCGGGGACAGCCCCCCUGGCCCACCUGAAAAGAAAAGCAAGAAAGAAGAGAAGACCACCACCACGCUAAUUGAGCCAAUACGCAUAGCUGGAGUCUCCUCUACGGAGGAAAUGGACAUGAAGGUUCUCCAGUUCAAGAAUAAGAAGCUAUGUGAACGCUUGGAGCAGAGACAGGCGAUGGAGGAUGAGCUGAGAGAGAAAAUUGAGAAGCUGGAGAAGAGACAAGCCACUGAUGACACUACCUUGCUGAUUGUUAAUCGCUACUGGUCACAAUUGGAAGAAAACGUGCACAUUCUGCGCAAACGUAUUGAGCCAGAUCCUCCAGUUGUUUCUACCCCCGCCCCACCCUCAGCAACCAUCCCCGAUCAAACACCAAUGGAGGAAGAUGGUGUCAACCUGGCUUCGCCUUCUGGCGUGCCUCCCCCUCCUGUGCCAGAGGCCCAGAACGAGGGUGAGCGGCCAGAGCAGCAACAAGAGGAGCAUCAGGAAGAGGAGCAGCAGCAGCCCCCUCCUCCCACUGGAGACGAUUUACUGACACCAACAGAGCCGCAAUCAGAUACAAAAACAGAUACAUCACCGCCACCUCCCCCCCUGAGUGAAAAUGCCAAGGGUUUCUUGUCGACUCUGGAGCAGAGCAGUGAGGAGGAACUAACUCUGCACCUCCAGGACCGCAUGCAAUUCAGCAAAGAAGCCAUCGCCUGCUUGGUCUGCGUCUUUGAUAGGCUGCACAGUCACAUCAGUGACAUGUGCAAGGUGGUCCAAGCUGCAGGAUUUGAAGAUGACAGCCAGUCUGACAUCAUCAAUCUGAACUGCACUCUGCUGGACGAGAACACUCGACUGCGAGACUUAGCCACUCUCCUGCAGGGAAGACACCAUAAGAUGUCCAUGGAGUAUAAUGAGCUCGUGGACAAGGUGACCAGCUCAGAGACCAAGGUGACUGAGAUGGAGACAACGGUAGAGGACCUGCAGUGGGACAUUGAGAAACUGCGCAAUAGGGAACAAAAGCUUAACAAACACCUAGCAGAGGCCAUGGAGCAGCUCAAGUCAGGAUACAGCAGCACUGGCAGCUCAGGUGGGCUGGCUGGAGGCCAGAUUACACUGAACAUUCAAAAGUUUGAGAGUCUCAAUGCAGAGCUGGAGCACAACCAGGAGCUGGCAAAUAGUCGCAUGGCAGAAUUGGAAAAACUACAGGUGGAGCUCCAGGAGGCUGUGAGGGAGAGUGAGAAGCUCAAGAUGGACCUGCGUAAUAUUCCAGAGGAGGUUGUGAAGGAAACGUUAGAGUACAAAUGUCUGCAGUCUCAGUUCUCCCUCCUGUACAACGAGUCUCUAGGAGUGAAAACCCAGCUGGAUGAGGCACGGGCUCUCCUGCUCACGGCGAAGAACGCCCAUCUCCGACAGAUUGAGCACAUGGAGAGUGAUGAGCUGUCUCUUCAGAAGAAGCUGCGGACUGAGGUCAUCCAGCUGGAAGAUACUCUGGCCCAGGUGCGCAAAGAAUAUGAGAUGCUGCGUAUUGAAUUUGAGCAGAACCUGGCAGCCAACGAGCAAGCAGGACCGAUCAACAGGGAGAUGCGACAUUUGAUCAGCAGCCUCCAGAACCACAACCUGCAGUUGAAAGGCGACGUGCAACGCUACAAGAGGAAAUUGCGGGAAACGCAGCUGGAGAUCAACAAGUUACGCUGUCAGAGUGGCGACACUGGAGUUCUGAUUUUGGAGGAGACGACGAGCGACAGCAUUGACGUGAAAAAGGAGGAGGAUGAAGACCAGGAGGAAGAAGAGGAGAGGAGGAGGGAGCUGGAGAGACAGCGAGCCCGAGAGAGGGAGCGGGAGAGGGAAAGGGAGGCCGAGCGAGAACGAGAGAGGGAGCGGGAGAGGGAGAGGCAGCGCAGCGACGAGCUGAAGAGGAAAGACUCAGACACACUGAAGAUGCUCAGAGUAGAACUCAAGAAAGCCCAAGAGUCCCAGAAAGAGAUGAAACUUCUGCUGGACAUGUAUAAGUCAGCGCCAAAGGAGCAAAGAGAUAAAGUGCAGCUGAUGGCGGCCGAACGCAAAUCUAAAGCUGAGGUGGAUGAGCUGAGGAUGCGAGUGCGAGAGCUCGAGGAGAGGGAGAGGAAGGAGAGCAAAAAACUGGCUGAUGAAGACGCCCUCAGGAAAAUACGAGUGGCAGAAGAGACCAUUGAGCACCUGCAGAAGAAACUCGCUGCCACUAAACAGGAGGAGGAAGCCCUGUUGAGUGAGAUGGAUGUAACAGGCCAGGCCUUUGAAGACAUGCAGGAGCAGAACAGCCGGCUGUUGCAGCAGUUGCGCGAGAAGGACGAUGCCAAUUUUAAGCUAAUGAGCGAGCGAAUUAAAUCUAACCAGAUCUACAAGCUGCUGAAAGAGGAGAAGGAGGAGCUGGCUGACCAAGUUCUUGCUUUCAAAACCCAGGUGGAUGCCCAGCUGCUGGUUGUGCAGAAAUUGGAAGAAAAAGAGGGAGUCCUACAGAGCACCCUGGCGGCUCUGGAAAAGGAACUGGCUGUCAGAACACAAGCACUAGAGCUGAACAAGAGGAAGGCAGUGGAGGCCGCACAGCUGGCAGAGGACCUGAAGGUGCAGCUGGAGCACACGCAGGCCAAGCUGAAGGAGAUCCAAGUCUCUGUGGCUGAGAACCGCACUGCCCGGGAGAGGGAGAGCAGCAACCUGAAGCGAGCACAGGAGGAUCUGUCCAGGCUCAGAAGGAAGCUGGAGAAACAGAAGAAGGUGGAGAUGUACUCGGAUGCAGACGAGAUUCUGCAGGAGGAGAUCAAUCAGUACAAGGCCAAGCUGCGUUGCCCCUGUUGUAACACCCGAGACAAGGAGACGGUGCUCACCAAGUGUUUCCACGUUUUCUGCUACGAAUGUCUGAAGAUGCGUUACGACACCCGACAGAGGAAGUGCCCCAAGUGCAACUGUGCGUUCGGAGCCAACGACUUCCACCGCAUCUACAUCACUUAAGUCACUCUGGAAGAAGAAGAAAACAAGGCGUGACUACAGAAAAUAGUAGACAGAACCAAAGGGGAGAAAUAAAUAGAAAAGUGAUAAAGGAACUGGAGAUUUAUUCAAAGAGGCAGACAUUUCUGGGAUCACAGAUGAGUGUGUCCCCUGUUUUUAAUCUCUUUGGAAGGACUUGUUUUAAUCCAUCUUGGUUAUUUUUUUUCAUUAAGUUGGUGACCAAACAGAAAAGCCCUUUUCAGACAUUAAAUGCACGACAUCCUGUCAGUCAAACACGGGUCAUUGUUAAUGCUCCUAACGGCUUUACAGUGACGCAGAGAGCCACUGUACGCUCCACACUUCCCUAACGUUUAGUCGUCUUACCUGCUGUCACCCAGAGCAGGGUUUCUGAGUCAGCACGCGCUGCAGCAAAUGAUAACAAAAUCCUCCCACCCCGAUCACGCCCACUCCGAGAGCAAUCACUCUUCUGAAUUGGGAAUGGGGGGAAAAAAGCAUCAUGGAGGAGUGUUUUUAAUCUUAUUUUAAAUGGAAAAAAAAAACGUUCUUAAGCACAUGCUGUUGGUGUCAAAAGCAUUGCAGUGAGCUGAGCAACUUGCAAUGUAAAUUCAUAAGACUUUAGUGAGUGAUCAAGGUUGUUAGGUCCAAAUUAGUGAGUUUGCUGCUGUGAAAAAGUGAUCAGGGUGCUGAGUCAGACUGAAAGCAGGCCUGCUCAUGAGUGCAUGUCUGAAAAGGGUUUUAGUGACACAUCGGACUGAGUGUUUGUUUUGUAGUUAAUAAACAGUUUUUUUCGUGCACAGUGAUUUUUCUCUUACAAGUUGAGCUGCUCGGCACUGUUCUCCUGUCUUUGCUGUUCUUUACUGUGUUAAAAUGGUCUCUUUUUCACAUACCGGACCCACUUUUGCAGUCUCUCUCUCUCUCUCUUUUAUCUUAAUGUAUCGUUUUAAAAACUUGGAACUGCAGUGAACUGUGUUCGAUCAUCUUGAAAUAUUGCUUUGAAUUGUUUAAGUCCUGCUGGUUUUUUGGAGGUCCCAUAAAGUCAUUGAAGCUGAAGUUUAAACUCACAAAUUAAAAGAAGUCGUUCUUUACAGCCCCCAGGCUCGCAUGGUUACAACUAAAUAUGUUUCUAAUAUAUAAAGUAAAACAGCCAGAGCUGCCUUACGUCUUUAGUUAUGCUAUAGUAUUAACAAUGCCUGAGAGACAUCAGCUAGUUUGGCUCCCACUCAGCACAUGCAGGAGUGUUUGGAUCACCUUGGGCAAGGUCCUCUGUGUGUGUUCAUCCUGUUGCCAUGGUUCCUGCCUGAGAGUUUGACACAACAUCUGCAGCUUAUAGUGCCUCAUUACCGAUGAAAUCACUGCAGUGGAAAGUCGGCUCAUAUGGGUGUCCUUAGUGGGCUCUGCUGCUCCAGGUCCUCUUUAGACCGCUUUCCUAAAGGUUAGCCGUGACAGUCAAGUAGAAAAACAUCUGUGCAACAACAUGCGUCGAACAUAAUUGAGCCAAUGAAAACGACUUUUUUUCCUCUCUCUCUCUCUGAUCUGAUGAUGUGAGCUAUUUAGUGGGAGGUUGGUUAGCGUCUGUUUGACGUUAGCUUGUGUGGGAAAGGCAGUUUGCACCAUGUUACAAACACAUAAAAAAAACUUCCAGGCUGCAUAGAAGAAGAGUGAAUAUGUGAAAAAGAGGCUUUAUGGGGCAUUUGGGAAGUGUUAUCCCAGCCUUCCCUGAGAAUUGGCUCCAAGUGCGCCAAAAUAAUUAGAUACUUGAAUACCUGGGCACUGGCUGUUUGAAUUCAUGUGAGUAUAUACAUAUGGAUGCCAUGAAUAAAUCAGCAGACUUGUAUGCCCGUGUGCAUCAACCGAUGUGGUUUUUAUUAAUGUAUGAUGAGAUAAUGCUGUGACGGAGGCCAGCCUGAUGGCUCUCCGAGCGUGCGUCCACUGGCUUUGUUAUUGCAUAUUUGUGCUCCAGCAGCAGCAGCAGGCUACACCCAGCUCCAGGCAUUAAUAACAGGGACUCUUCCUAUUCAAACGCAGUCUCCAGACCAUCACAGAGCUGUUGUGUUUCAGCAGAGGGCUGAAGAGUGGACACAAAUAAACCUCAUCUUACUUGAAGUUUAAGCAGAAUUUCCAAAUAUCUUUAAAAAAACAUAGAUGUUUUUCUUUUUCUUUCUUCUACUGAGUGUCAUCUGUUUUUGCCUCGGUUGCUGUUUCCUCCCUUUUUCUGUGUAUGGGACCCAGACUCAUGCCAGAGAGUUGUGUUUUUUGGCAGGGAGGACGGGGUGACGUCGACAGGCGUGGUAAUAACAAUGAGAACACUAUUAAGUCCAGACUACGCGGGGUCUCGGAGAAAUAGAGAGAAGGGGAGAAAAAAUGCAGGGUGUGCCCUUAAAAUAUGACAUUUAGUAUUGAAACUCUCAUACCUGAGGUGGUAAAAAACUUUCACUCGAACUGAAACAAAUGCAACCACACUUUAUGGCACUGGAGUUUCCUGUGAGUCGGGGAGUGCGCACAGAGAAUCCGAGCAGUACAGUACAUAGGAAAUGACUCAUAGGAGUGGAGCUGUUAGCGUGGGUGUGUGCGCGCUAUUAAAACAAGGCGCAGACUCCUCCGUAUGACUCACUCUGAUGCUCGCUUUUCCAUGCUGAAAACCAGCACGGACUGUUAAUCAGAUGAACUUUCGGGAAUUGUGUGGCCGACAGCGAGCAGCUUUCCCUCCGCAGACAUCAUGGCUUUAAACGCUCUUUGCGCGUUCUGCGGACUUAUUAUUGCGGCGGUGACCACUUUCCAUGGUGUGAGCGCGCAGAAAAGUCCGUGUCGGAGCUCGGAGUUUUGGAGCUCAGACUAUGAUGGUUGCUUGCCCUGUGAAUCAUGCAAGCAGUACCCGAAAACCCCGUCCUGCAACACAUGCAAAUCAGUGGAUGAGACACCUGACGUGUGGAAACUGGCAGCAAUCACCAGCUUCUCAGUACUGGCUGUGGUGCUGGUCAGCGCUGCACUGAUCAUCGGGGUCAUGGUGCAUCGACGCAAGUCGCACAAACGGCCUUUACGUGAACCUAUCGAAGAAACUGCGGGGCCACUUUAUCAAGCUUAAACCACUCACCUCAUCGUCCUCUGAAAACUGAUGUAACAGAACCAAGGAGCCACUGGUUACUAGCCGGGAGGAGGAAACCUCUGAACGACGAACCGUGUACUCUGACUGCAGGGUAUACCUCGACCAGAAAUGGACCCUUUUUAUUUUUUUUUUAUUUAUUAGACUGGUUGGUGAAGAGAUAAGCUCAGUUCUCAUGCUUGGUGUAGGUCCAGUGGUUAAGACGGGACUUGCCAUGAGCAAAUCUCACACCUCUGUAGGUAUAUUAACAGCAUUAUACUAGUGGUAUCAUCUUUUAGAACUUGUGUGCCUUCAUAUUCCACUCCGUUGAGAUUUUGAUCUGGAUCAUUGGGGGGGGUUAGGCAGGUUUGACUGAGAAUUAACCGUAAAACUAGAGUCUGUACGCCUGCAUUGCGUUGUGCUGUUUUCAGCAGGACUCCAGUGAAUGUAACACAGCUACAUCCGCCAGCUGGGCCACAGUUUGAUCCCCCCUGCCGUUCAGCGGGGUAACACAGGGCCUCUCUGCUGGUCAUUUACCACAACAGCCUCUGAAAGAUAGAUCACAUGUGAGUAACACAUACUGUUUGGCACAUUAAGGCCAUAUGAAUGUAGCUACCUUUUAAAAAAUCUUUUUAGGUGAAUUGUACUCCAACCUUUGUUCCUGCCAGUACCUGUUCUUGUAGUUGCCUGACGCAGUGAGAACGCUGUUGAGUAAAGGAGCAAACUGUACUCAUGCACUGUUACUGGGUCUCCUGAGACCAACACAGACCAUUUAUUGCAGGUCUCUAAAAUAUUGUCUUGUCUGUUUUUUUUUUCUUUUAUUUCAUUUAGAGUUUAGAUAUCAUUUUUGCCUAAAACAAACCCUGAAUUCACAUGACUGUUGCAGCAGCGCUUUGUAACCCAGGAUGCUUGAAACACUAGACGUACAGCCCCAAACUGCUAACAUGUGAGAAUGUUGUGAGGAAUGUACUGCAGAGAGGAAAACUAACUACACCUACAGUGUUUUAAACAGAGCUUCAGCAAUCACAGCGCUUUUCAGAUCUGCAGCAAGGCAAAAAAGAAAAAAGAAAGGAUGGUUGCAACUGCAGUGGUCUGUAAUUUUGUUGCCGCUGAAGCCAACACGAACCACAGCGGACAGGGUUGUUGUCUUCAGCUUUUUUUUUUAAAUGUUUUUUUUUUCCUUGCGAUAAUUCGACACCGACAAUGUUUCAGGUCACGGAUCUGUCUGCUUGUGGGUGAAGCCUCUGGCAACAAAAUUGGGGAACCAUUUAUAUUGUCUGUUUUAUUGUUUAUUUCUUUUCUUAUUUUUUAAAAGAGGUCUAUAUUAUUUAUUUUAGUAUGUUGAGCUGUUGUAAUGCAACAAAUGUGACAGACAAGCACAGUUUUAAAGAGACACCAGUGAAGAUCUUUUCAAAACGUCCACCAGGCCAGCUAUACUGAACAAUAUAACAUUUUCUACUUGUUUCUCUUGCCUUCUAGUUCUUCUUGUAUAUAAUGUAAAUGCACUGGCUUUUACUUAAUGCAAUCUUUAUAAACUGCUUUUUGUGUAGCAAAUGUAUUUUCACAAUAAAACUGACAAUUUCCAUCA